ACCCAGCGUGGCGUGGCAAAAAAAGAAUCGGCCGAUGUGUCGAUGGCUCGCUCUGCUCCUCCCGCUGGCGGCGGCCUCGGGCCAUCGCCGGAUUGAUGUCGUCAAUGCCUGUGACCGGCCGAUGAUCAUCGCGCCCACGGGGGGGAACUCGCAAAUUGCUUGUGGUUCCUCCGGGUGUCCGGAAGGGAUGACUUGCAGCCCCCACAGCCAUGAGUGCUACUUCGACUUCGAGCGGCCCGGCGAGGACUGGACCAUCGCGCCCGGGGAGCGGCUCACGAUGUACACGCCCAACGAAGCGGUGCGUCAGGGCAACGGGGUGCUGGCCGACUGGAGCGGCAAAAUGGAGUUCUACCCCAACCACACGGAAGACAAGGGAUCCAUCCCCUCAGCCUUCUGCAACGACCGGGACUUCUGCCCCCCCUACCAGGGCCUGAACGGGGUGGCCACUGCGGUGGAGUUCACCUUGGUGCCGCAUGGGCCCGACUUCUACGACGUCUCCGUCAUCAACGGCUUCAACGUGCCCAUAGAGAUGAAGCCCAACGGCCAGUUCGCGCGAGUCACGGAGGAAGCCGCGGGUAGCCACAAGGGCUACAGCUGCGGCGCUGCGGGCGCCUUCCGGCAAGAGGACGGCAGGCUUUCCUCCUGUCCGUGGGACUUCCAGCCGGUCCGCGAUGGCUUAGACCUGGGGCCUUUGCUGAGACAAGUCGAUGGCAACGGCGUGCCGUGCAAUUCCUCCGCAGAGUGCGGGGAGAGAGACGUGUGCGGGCAGGUGGGCGUGCGCGUGGUGAAUCCUGUCACUCAGCACCCCCAGCCGACCACUGAGAUUCGGAUGGAGUGCGGCUCGCAGAUUGGGCUCUGGUCUGCCUACCAACUCUGCGUUUGGAGCGGCAAUACCUAUGUGAGCCCGGCACCCUUCGAGGGCCUCAUCGACUGCCCGGCGCACCACCAGAUGUUCGCCUGCGCCGGCCCUGCGCCGUGGACCACCACCUGCUAUGCCAAAGGCCCCCACCCCAGUGGCUGCUGCGGCUGCGGGGAGUGGGAGGAGUUGCUGGGCACCAGCGUGCCCAAGUCCCACGAGGGGUGCCAGGGAAGCGACCCCCGGUGGCUGCAGCACGCCCUGCCCUUCCUGGAGAUCCUGAAGAAGGGCUGUCCGACCGCUUACACUUAUGCCUUCGACGACGAGUCCUCCACUUUCACGUGCCAGAGUCUGAAGAGCCGAGAAGGAAGCGAAGUCAACUCAGCAGAGUACAUCAUCACGCUGUGCAAAGAGAAGGAGUUAGCAUCUGAAAAGAUGUCAGAUUUGGUGGCCAGUAGCCUGCCAGCGCCGCCGGUGAGCAGCUUGAGGCUUGACGCCAGCAUGGCGGUCAUUGCAGCUCCGGCACUCCUGGGAUUUUGCUGCACGACCACCAUGUUAAUAUUUUCUAUCGGGUAGGUAGGGCUGUCUGCGAGCUUGUUUCGGCCUUUUUCCCAAGCUUCCACCCGUUCAAGCUUUCAGGACUUCUCCUUGAUGAAUGCACGUCUUCCGCCGACCUGUUCGGGUCGCGCAUCGCUCGUCACAAGAUCACGAGCGCGAAAAACACCGCGAAUCCGAGCUCUUGACCAAAAGGGCUUGUGUUCUUCGGCUUCUCUUUGGGCCCAGUUGCCGGCACAAAGCUGCAUUUUCAUAGGGAAAUUAACGCAAGGAGGCAGAGGUGUGAGAUGCAAAAAGAGCGACGGCUGGUAGGUUGGAGCGCGCGAUGGC